AUGGUGAAGGAAACGUCACAACCCCUCAUCAAGGAGGAACCCACCUCGCCUACCCUAGCACCCCAGCUGCUCACCCCACCUUCCUCAGUCAUCAAUAUCAAGUCAGAGCCUUUUGCAUUGAAGAGCGAGGUCGAAGCUUCUCCUACAAUAGCGAAGGCGUCCAAACGUAAACGACCGGCCACACCCGAUGAUAGUGACGAUGAGCCGAUCAACCCCGUGGCAUCGCGCAGGAGAUUCAACGCUGCCGUUGUACCGGUCAAGAUAGCGCCUAAGCCGCCAACAACCCCCGUGUCAUCGAAGAAGGUCGAACCCGCCAGCAUACCAGUCAAAACAGAACCCAAGACGCCCACUCCGACCCCCGCAGAACGCGAAGCCGCUGCGAAACGAGCUAGAGAACAAGCUCACCAUGAAGCGGCGUUAAGAGCAGCAUACCUGGAGCCAAGGGAUACUCCUACGCAGUGCAAGCGGAAUUGGAAAGACUGGAUCUAUCGUAACAACCGGCGAAAUCCCGAAACGCUGAACGCAUCCCAGACAACGUGUAUCAAUGUAUCCAAAUCCGAGAAGUACUUCUGCUUGAACAAGAACGACCUUGAAUGCCUUGCAUUCGAGUCGAGGCCCAACCCUAAAGACCCCAGGCUCCCGCGAAUGCGCUUAUACGACUACAACGAAGUGGUGCGUCUGGCUUGCAGGAAACUAGCCAUUCAGGCUGGGAUUCCGCAGCGCGAUGAGACGGCGUUGAUCACUCGUGGGAAGGCGAUGUUGGAGAAGAAGAAAGGGUUCAAGUACUAUUGGGAAUUCGAUCCUUCUAUAGUAUGGAUGUGGGGUUAG